AUGUGGGUCAUUUCAAGCAGAAAGUGCUUUCUAAUUGCAAUGCUAUUAGCAGCUUUGGGUGUUAUGGGGUCAGUGGACGGGAGAUCGUCUUGGCUUUACCGGAGACCUGAAUAUAGGCGAUCACGUUCUGCAGUAGAUGCGCCCAAUGAGUCAGAACAGCAUUCCAGACCUAUAAGUGGGAAUGUGCUGGAUAGCAGUGAAGGUGGGCAAAGUAAGCAAGUGAGUGGCGAAGCUGAGGGGAAGGACGAUGGAAGUGAUACGAGGGGCGAUUCUCUUGCAUCAGACGAAGAGAAAUCCGUCGAACAAAUAAGUUCUGUGGAAGACGUCUUCCCUCCAGGACAGGGCCAGGACGGACAAGACGUCCCAAGUUUUCAUAACGCUCAAGGCGGAAAGAUUGACUUUUGGAACAAUAUUCUAAAUAAAGUUAAUGGCGCAGCGACGAAGGUGUACACAAUUGCGAAAGGGGCAUUUGGAUCGGUCGUGUGCCUCUUACGUGGGUGCAGGAGUAACGGGAUAGGAGGAGGGGAGGGCGUUACCACGGGUGCAAGUGGCGAUAGUGAAUAUGUCACAACGGAAAGUGGUUAUGUCGCCACUGAAGAACCCGGUUAUGCAGGUGAGGUGUCGGAAGCCGCAGUGGAAACUGGGGGGCAAGAGGGGCCAGUUGGUGAACUUCCAGUCGCAGAAGAGGAAGUAACGACUGAAAAUAUGCCAUAGGAGGAAGUUGCGACUAAAGCUUCAAUUUUGGAUUAAUGUGUUGAGGAAAUUUAUGUGAGGAACUGUGUAUAUUCUGCAAAAGUAUCAAGUUGACAGAUAAACCAAAUCGUUACGCCUAUUCAUAAGUAGUAAAUAUAGGACAUCGUUUGUUUGUAUACUUCGAAAAUAAAUAAUUUUACUAAAUUCACCACCUUACCGGCAAUACGUGGGUAGACGAAAGCACUGUUCCUAUUCGUAUUUAGUUAGUUAGUUACACAUGUAUGUAGUUUAUCCAGAGACUGUUACAGAUAGUAUACUAAUUUAUAAAUAUGAAUUUCCAUGAUAUUUUUAGGUAAGUAAAAUAUAUGUGUAUGUCUAAAUUACUGACUAAAUCCUUCGUGCGUGAAAGUUUUUGUAAUGUAGAUACAUUUAUCACUGACUUAAGUAUUACUAUUUGUUAAUGUUUUGCUUUUUGUGUUCUGAGAGUAAUUUAAGAAGGAAGAAGUAUUGAUUACCUGUGGGUGCACUAUGUAGAAUGAUUUGCCAUAAACUAUGAAAUUCAGUGACUUUGAGAUCGGUUAGAAAUUUAACAAUACAUAUUAAUAAAUAUUAUCCUAUUUUAUA